UCAGCAAGUGAGAGCAGCUAGAGAGGGAGCCACAGCACAGUGAAAGAGUGUGUGUGUAUGAGCCUGCCUGCCUGCCUGCCUUCCUGCUUGCUUGCCUGACUGACUGUGUGUGUGUGUGUGAGCGAGAGAGAGAGGGAGAGGGAGAGUCAGGGAGCUUGUGGAUACUACUCCACCAGACUGCAUGUCUCUGGCAUCACUAGGGGAGCAGUCCACACAUUACAGAGACAGCCUAUACCAGGCCUAGCUGAGAAUCUCUAUCAUGGCGUCCAACAACACAGCAAGCAUCGCCCAGGCCAGGAAACUGGUAGAGCAGCUGAAGAUGGAGGCCAACAUUGACAGGAUAAAGGUGUCCAAAGCAGCAGCAGACUUAAUGUCGUACUGCGAAGCCCAUGCCAAAGAGGACCCGCUCCUGUCGCCGGUGCCCGCAUCCGAAAACCCUUUUAGGGAGAAGAAGUUCUUCUGUGCCAUCCUGUAAACGGGGUGUGGUUUAUUUGGUCUGACAGGAAGUCUGCUCAUCUUGGGACAUUGAACGAGGACGUUCAAUAUGUAGACAUCUUCUAACAGAAGGGCAUGGAGGAGUAGUACUGUCUCUUUCUCUACAAUGGAAGCUAAAGCAGGCAUUUAAAAACCACAGAGUAAGACGUAACCAUUUACAACGGUCUGAUCUGACCUGAUCUGAGGGCAGUUUUUGAGGGCUGUGCAGCAUGUUUGAUGGAUCCAUCCGUGUAGUCAGAGGACAACCGAAGAUAGUAUGGUUAUCCACCCAGAAACAUGAUGGACAACCAAUCAAGUUGUUGUCAGGUUGUGUUUAAAAUAAAAUAAAAAGAAUGAAGGAAAAAAAUUAACAAAAAAAAAAUGUUGUGGUUCUUUUGGAACAUGAAAUCCAAGUGUUACGUUAAACGGUGGGUUGGGUUGGGUAGAUGAGCUGCUUACCACCAGAUACUAACCCCUGUUUAUCGGAAUGUUUUUCAUUUUUUGCUGUUGUUUAUUUUAUGCAGAUUUUGAUUCUGAGAUGAAUUGGUUUGGCUAUAUCACUUAGACAACUUUCUAUACUGUAUGUGAUUUACUGAAACAGCUAUUUUAACUUUUUUUUUUUUUUUUUUACAUCGUUAGAAUUGGUGAAAGCUGUUUUAAUGGAAAGUUUGGACGUUCAAUUAAGUGAUAUUCUUCACAGACAUGUUUCUUUAAACUUCUUCUGAGAGAAGUAUACAACAUAUAUAUCUGGCAAUGUGGUACAGUUUGUGUUUCCUUCAGAUACAAGCUCUCUUUUUACUAUUUGUAUAAACAUACUAGCAAGUGAACUGUGUUGUGCUGUGCGUUCUGAAUGUUGGUGUUUAUCAUUAAUAAUUGCAUGAAAUUAACUAUUUUUUAAUUUUAUUUUUAAUGUGGGGAUUGUGUGAACGAGGCAGCCUCCAUCUGGCAGUGCCAACUGUAUUAAAAAGAUAACAAUGACUCAAAA